GAACUGAAACCAUGAUACACCCGUAACCUUCAGACUGAUAGAACUUGUGUCAAUAUAGGAGGGACGGCAUUUCCUUGUCACACGUAUUUAGAUAGAUAUAUACAGACCCUGCAACUUUCAUCGACUAAAUGUUGUGAGGGAACCUUGGAAAGACAACAUGUCUGCCGCGCUGUUUAGUCUGUGUGUUCUGGUUUGUUUCGGAGAAGGCUUAAGCCAGACCCCCAUUGAGACAGGUACCCGGUACGUGACCGGGGCCUUGCAGUCAACAAAACCAGUAGAGAAAGGUACCUACGUGGCCAGCCUCUGCGACGCCUUCAAAGGUAAAGAUGUCGUUGUCAGCGUAGUGCUCCAGAGAAACCCGGACUGGAACCCGACCUUCGGGGUGAUCAAUUUCACGGUCACUACAGCACCAGUGGCUGGCAACCUGGAAGCGAGUGUACUUUGCCAAAACUGGCCUGACGCCAAUGCCAAUCCAGCUCCAAACUGCACGGUGAGAAACUGGGUCGCCACAAGCGACCUUUAUGUGAACACAGUGGCUUCAGAUGUCGGGGAUAUAUCUUUUACAGUGAUCGUGGAGUUUGUAAAAGCUGCAUCAGAUUCGCAUUUAGAAAAGAUAAACCCUCCAAAGUCCAUGAACCUGAAGAGCUAUAUAGAUGCGGGACUCGUGUAUCUGGACCAGGUGGUGCAUAUAGACAAACCUUUCCAUGUCGUAUAUGGCCAAACUGUCAUUCUCGCAAUCACCUUCUGCCCAAACCCGCAGACCACCAAAAACUACCGCAUCGACAGCACCAUAUUUGGUAUCGGGCCUAACGCUGCGUUUGCGCAGUACGUUUGUAAGAUUAUGCCAUGCAACGAUCAUCAGGACGCCAUCGCCAGUAACCCUUUUCAGUUGCCACUCAAUUCUCUUUCCGUGUCCACUACAACGGCUGACUUGACCACCCUCUACAUCGCCGUGGUCGGUUGGGGCGGGGAUUACGACCCCAGCGUCGGCACAUACGUGGGCUCUUUCGUAUAUGGAGCGUCACUGGCGGUUCAAUCACCACACAAAGAAAAGGAGUUUAGAUUCAUUCCGUAUUAAAACGAUUAGACCUACAUACCUGAAAUGAAAGUGAUAAGACCAAUUAUUUGAAUAAGAACUUUAUCUUUAUAAUUCGCUAAUUAUUUGGUUGUUUAAAAAUAUUGAAGUAGUUCGAUUGAAGAUGUCUUGGACAUGGAUUUCUAUUUGUUUUUAGAUGAUUCUCGGUAACUAUGAUGUGGCAGCAAGGCGUAGUACAAAAUUACACAUAUUUCAGCACAGCUUCUGAAGUUUGGGGCCCGAUUGGGAAAUGAUUUUUAUCAUAAUAAUGAUGACAUAGAAAAGAGAAACCUGUUGUAAUUUUCUUCUUUAAAACUGAUAGCUUAUGAGUACGUAAAGUAAGCUGGUUUGAUGCAUAAAACCUAAAAAAUUUACUGCUUGUUUUUCAAGAACUUUGACGCAUAAAUAAAUCACACUAAUA